AGCAAACCAUUCGACGGCUCAAAGCGGGCAUUUUUUGCCGAGCAUCUGAAGUCCACCAUCCAGGAUGAGCAUGUGGCGGGGUUGGACUGGAGCAACGCAGUCCUCACUUGUGGAUCCACGUGCAGGGUACGGUCUGACGCAGGCUGUGUACGAUGGGCUGAUGGGGCAUCGCGUGAAGGACAAUCACGUCUUCACCGCAAGGAUGUGUGCCGCAUCGCGCUGUCUGGAGAGCUCGAGGCGAGACCGGCUCUUCGCAGACCCUGUGAGUGAGCUCCUGGCGGGCUGGGAGGGGAUGGAGGCACCCAUGGGAAGCUGGAUACUCAUCCCACGAACAAGUUACGGCGAUGGCGUUCUCCAGAGGGCCUACCACACCGACGCCCGCACCGCGGCUCGGCAGCUGGUGCUGCUGGGCGCCGGCAUGGACUCGCGCGCCUACAGGCCGGAGCUGAACGUGCCAGAGCUCAGGGUCUUCGAGGUGGACCACGGCGAGAACUUCCGGGUGAAGGAGGCCAUCCUGCAGCACCCCGCCGUGCAGGCCGCCUUCCCCCUCGCGGUCGCGUCGCGCCAGGUGGUGAGCACAGAUUUCGCAGAGGCUGGCCAGGCAGAGGACUGCCAGCCCCGCUGGGCUCGUGACCUGUGCGCGGCGGGGUUCGACCCAGGGGUUCCCAGCGUCUGGCUCCUGGAAGGCCCGCGGAGGGAGGGGGGCGGGAUGGUUUCUGGAAGAAGGGAAAGAAGAAGGGAAAGAAGAACUCGUCAUGCCACCUCCGUCCGCCGAGGCGGGGGAGGGAGGAGGCCGGAGCAGGGGAGGAGGACGGAGAGCCGUCGAAGGCUUGAUGAUGUACCUCACCGUGCCUCAGCAGACGCGGCUGGCGCGCACGAUCGGGCAGCUCAGCUGCCCCGGCUCCGUGGUUUUUCACGAUGCCAUCUCGGCUUCGUACGUCAGCAAGCGCAUCUCCGUGGCAGGGGCGCCCUUCGUCGGCGGCCUCAACGACUACCUGGGCUUCUGGAGGCAGCAGGGGGGCUUCUCGGGGGAGCAGGGCGCCGUUCGGAGCGUCAACGACCUGCGGGUGGACCGGUGGCACGGGCGGCUGAACGUCUGGCCGCCGAGGAACGACGAGGUGGUAGGAGCAUGCGCGCGAGGGGAGGACGUGACGAUGUUCGUGGAGGCAUGGAAGUAGGGGGCCAGCACCUCUCUUCAUGGCCGACGGCUAACCCAGGAAUGGAAGGUGAUGCUUUUCAUGGUCCCCAGCCUGACCCGGUCUGGGUCAGCCAGCCUCGGGCUGCUUCAAGAUUCCUGCUCCAGGUGCGCCGACAUGAGAGGCGGUGCAGCCUAUCGUCCCCACUUGCUUUCGGAGUCUCGCAACUCCAUGUUGAGACAUGUGUAGUGCGACCCUGCAGGUUCUGACAUGCCCCCCAGGUAGUGGGCGCAGUCGCUCAAUACUUUGUUAUCGCCAGCAUCCAUUAUCCAUCAACUCAGAGCCUGCUCCCAGAGGGCUGGUCAGCCUACAGAAGCCUUGCCAAACAGUCCAAUCGGUAUCCUAGCACGCCGCAAUGUGCCGAGGGCACUGUGGUGGAUUGUUGAAGAAUGUACCGAACACCAAUAUUCGCUCUGCUGCUGUGCGUGGCCAGGCUUUUUUUGCACCCUGACGAUACGUCAUUGUCAGAAGGCGCUCCUUUCACCCGGCUGGGCCUAGGUGAAGACUUGGUUCCAGUCUCGCUUGUACAGUUGUUAUUUUUCUGUGUGCCAGUACGUGCAUUAUGACAGCAGUGCUCGGCACAAGUUUUCUGCAUCGUCUUUAUAGCUCUGCAGCUGCGAGCCCUGACGACGUGUUGUUGUCGCAAGUGGUUCUUGGCGCGCCCCAGUGCCAUGUCGUGCUUCUUACCAGACAGUUACGAUGUGUAUUUCCCAGGGGCGGCCCUUCCUUGUAACGCAACGCAAGCUAUAAAAUCGCACCCGCUCAUUCCAGAGAGGCCAACCAAGUCACCAAGCAGUCCAGCUUAUCUCGAGAAUCUUGUGAUCGAUGUCGUGGGAAGACCAAUGUCCCUCCUCGCUCAUUGCUCAACCGCUCC